CGACGCGUGUGCCCCUGUGUUGUGUUGCGCUGCCUGCGCGCGCUGCCGCACAGCAAUCAGGUGGUGAAAUGAAGCCGAACUUACCGCGGCGGCAGGCUCUGCUAAAUGCUAAUAUGGGACGACAAUGGGGAGGAAACGGUGCGUGAUGUCGACGACCAGACCACACCGACACCGAGCAGACCAGAUCCGCAGCGAUGAGCUCUUCCUUCCCCAAAUCUGAAUCCACGACCUCCCUGCUGAAAUCGUCCUCGGCUGCGAGGAGACCAACACACCUUCCUGACCGCACCGCAGAGAGCCGGAGAAGUCAGCAUCACCAUCAGCACCAGCAUCACCACCGUCCCGCCGCAGCAGUCCAGAGCAGCAGCAGCAGCAAAACCGAGUCCGAGUCCUUCUGGCCGGCCGAGGGCGACGUCAGCGCCCGGAGACCCCUGUGCCACCCGUCCCUCGUGGGCAGCAAGGACAGUAGUAACAAUGCAGCCACGCGGAGCAAGUGCAAGUCACACGCCCCUCACAGCCAAGUUCCCGACCCUCCGGAGCCGAACGGCGAGGCGGGCCGAGGGGUGAGGGAGCGCUGCAGGUCAUCCAAGUCCGCACACCGGCACCACCACCGCAGGAAGCACCACCGGGAGGACCGACCCCCCGCGACGGGAGCCGGACCACCUGAACCCGAGCAUCCCCGGCGUUCACACACGCACAGCCGCCCGGUCCCCAGAGUGCCCUCUCUGUCGGACAGCACCGACGAAAGGGCUCCUCUGUGCGAGCCCAGGGACCACAAAAGGACCAACAUUGGGGGUCAGGUCAGCAGUCCAUCCCCGUCCUCCUGCUCUCUGGUCCCGCUGUCCAGCAGGUCGUCUCGGCGGUCCAGGAGGUCCAGCGCUGCUUCAUCUGCAUCCGAGAUUAAUUUACGCACCAUCCUCAACUCCCUGUUUGGACAGGUAAGGCCCAAAACAGUCCAUGUAGACCCCCCACACAUACUGAUCCUAAUGAUCAGACCUACAGCUGAUCAAUUAACAGAUAACAGUUUUAAAAAGGACUCAAAACUUUCCUUUUAAGCAGAACUUUUGGUCCCUCCUCAUAAAUGUUGCUUAUCUUGCUUUUACUCUAUUAAUGAGAUGUCUCUCUUGUUUUUUAUUAAACAAUAUCCUGUUCUUAUAUUCCCUUAUUGUGAAAUUUCUUUGCUUUUGUAGCCCUUUAAAAUCACUUGAUGUAAAGGGCACUACAGAUAAAAUAUAUCAUUAUUAUUAUUAUUAUUAUUAUUAAUUAAAGUAUUUAAAGAGUCAGGAUGAGCAGGUUUGAAAAGUCUGAGCAGCCAGAAAAACUCCAAUCUAAACCUGCUAAUAAAGUGAAACUCAUUUUAUAAAACCUACUAAUACUAAUGAAAGAGAUGUGACAUUUAAACAGAUUAUAUUGAAUUUAAGACGCUGCUUUAGUCCCUUAUUAACCCGAGAGCACUGUCACUAAAAUUAGUAACACCAUCACUAUCGCCUUACCUGAAAUAAUAUACCUUAGAAAAAGUAGUUUUCAUCAAAAUAUAUCAAAACAUGACAAACUAAAGUAGUUUUCUUUUAUUUUUGACUGUGCAAUGUCCAAAGGGAGGGGGAAAAGUGCCAUGAGGGGACCAUAUAAAAUUACUGAAACAAAAAAUUCCUAAAAAAAUAAAAAAUAAAAAAUAGAUAGAAACUGUAAACUUAGUUUCUUGUCCACCCAUUCCUGAGACAUGCAAGUCUUCCCUGGUGAAGACUCAGGGUCCUCGGCACAAUAACAGGCGAGAGAACCAAAAUAUGGCAGAUUUUGAGUGAGUAAAAAUGACCAGCUGACUAAAAUAUUUCUUAUCACCAUAUGAAUUCCCAUAAGAUCACUACUUUGUGGUAUUUAUUCAUAACCACUGCGCUAAAUAAAGAUAACAUGCAAAUUCCAGGACCGCUCUUACUGACCUUAUUCGCCUACAUGCAGCUAUCAAAUCCACCCAAACUUACUUUACCCUCCAUCACUAAAAUCACCCUGUGAACACGUGUCUGUAGGAAAAAACAGGUUUUGGAUCAGGGAAACAAAUCUGCCUUCAAAGAUGUCAAAGGAAAUGCUGAAGCUACCCAGGGACCCAUGAUACACAGACAAACGCAACAUCAUGAAAAUCACAUAAACAUGUUUGGCGAUAAUGUUCUGGGGUUAAAUCUAUGACGCUGCUUUAGUCACUUAUUUAAACUGAAAUCAUCACUGUGUCGUUUCCCACUAAAUUGCAGAUAUGAAGUGGUUAAAUGUGAUUUCUGGCUCCACUGACGUCUUGUUUACAAUCAAUAUACUCUAAUGUGCUCUGUGAUGCAGCCUGCAAACAAACACUGUCAUUUCUGGACAGACUAUAGAGAAAGAGAGGGAGAGAGAGAGAAGCUUCCUCUCUACACAUUCACUCCUUAUGUAAUUUGUAAAUCCAGCAGUACCUCCUACAGACCUCCUCAAUCAGCAGUCCUGUCUCUUUGAAGUGGAUGUGCUGGGGCAGAUGAAAUGCUCUGCUGCAGAGAGAUAGAAAUCUCUGAUGUGCUGAUGUGCGUUUGGUCAGAGACAAAGAUUCGUAUUCAGGAUCCUGUACCGUCCAAUUAGAGACACUGCAGUGAUUGUUGUGUGUGUGUGAGGUGAUGCUCCUCUUUGUGAUGGAGGUCUAAAUAAAGAAAAGAGCCGAGAAUAACACUCCUUAGCGAUGUGAUUCUGCAGAAAAGUCUCUUCAAUCAAGCGGUUUUUUUAUCUCGCUGUAUGACUCCUGAUUAGAUCUCGUCUAACAGGAAGAGUUUUAGUCACUUCCUGAGAAAUCAGACCUCACUUCUCGCCCUGUAGGCUGCUUUUUUUAUUCUAAUCCUGAAUCAGGAAGUCAUUCACGGAUGUUGCUGAACUAGGAAGCUCUCGGCUGUAAAUAGGCUCAGCAUCAGGACAUGGAGAUCUUCCUUUGUGACUCCAGGAGAAAAAUCUUCUAGUGCUUAUAGUAUGAAAGCCCGGUCUGCAAAUAACCUGUGAGUCAGUCUGCGAGCUGCUGCUCCAUGAAAACAUUAGCGUGACCUGAAAAAGGUCUUUGAUGAGCAAGCUGGAUGGAGAGGAGUUCAAUGAAACACAUGGCUGCAGAGAUUCAAAUUCUGCUUUUGGCAUCUUCCUCUGAGAAAUGGAUUUUUGCAGAUCUGGCUUCAUGUAGGAACGGGAAUACAUGUGAGCAGAUGGUAAAGGGUACCUGGGGGGGAGGAUUUGUUUGAGUCCUGUCACAGAGGGAUUCAUAUCUUCUCUAAUUAAUCCGGUUCAGAGGUUACUUCACUAUCUAUCUGCAGAUGUGCAUCACAGAAACUGCACUGCACACCUUAUCAUGAUCUUGACGUGCAGCUCGUGUGGCUGUUGUAGGUCGGAGUGACCUUGUGCUUCCCUGCAGAGGGCAGAAGAUUGUGUGAUGGGGGCGGGGGUGUAAAAAAAAAAAGACUAUGCAUGCAGUGUUCAGUGCAACACGUGCAUUCAAGGAAAUCUUUAGGUUGCAGAUGAACACAGAGUGCAGGUGAGUGGAAAUAGGUCAUCACAGAGUGUUCUUGUAAACUUGCCUGGUGCAGAUUUCUGGGGAGCAAAGAAAGAGCAAACACAAUCAGAAAAUGUCGUUGACGUAUCCGGACGAGGAAUGUCAGGUGCAGUUUUUCUUUCGCUUCUUAUUCGUGUUUGUUCCUGGCUCCCGUUGUUUGGUGUUGGUCAGUCCGUGUUGAAGUGUCUGUGUUGUUUACAGAGCGAACAUAACAGUUUGGUCAGUGUGACAGUCGGGUGAAAUAUCUCACAGACAGCGCAUCACCCUCCUCUCCUUUAAUAGGCAUCCCUCCCUGUCCCACAGCCUCUCUCUCAUGUCCUCUCUCUCUCUCUCUCUUUCUUUCUUUUUUAGUGUCAGUGUCACUCUUGCUGCCGCUUCAUACUUUACUCCAGACACUUCAGGACAGAACGAUUUUGCGUUUUUCUUUUUCAACUUUGGGUUCAGCACUCUUAAUGGUCUUGAUGGGUCUAUCAGUAACCAGAGUUUGCACUCCUCAUAGAAUCCAAUCGGCAGGCUUGAGAGAGAAGAGGUCCUCAUGGUCCUUUUUAAUGCCUUUUCUCUCCUUCGGGAUGGGAAACUGCUUAGACUGGCCUCUGAGUACGGUAGGAUUUCACUCUGAUGGUUUUUAUUUUUGUACUUUAACAACAAAAAAUAGAUUCACUCUUAAAACUGUGGGGCGUCACUUAAAAUGAUAAAACUUUUUAACAUGCGUGUUGUAUAAUACAGAUGGUUACGUCUCCGAUUUAAACUGUUCCUGGACCGCUCUGCUUGUUGUUGGCUCCGGAGUUUAUUUUAUUAAACAUGUCAGAUGUUUGGCGUCAGAUUUUGGCAGACCUUUGAUGUGCAACAGGCCCUUAUUUAUUUUAAAGUACAGGAUGUCCCACAGGGGGAAAAAGUUGCGUAAUGUUGUCGGGGUGUAUUGUGUCUUUGGUGAAUUCACAACAUAUAGCGUGUGGCCUGGUGAUUUAGCUGGUGUGUUUACUGUUCCUGUGACACUGCAUAGGUGCGAGGUGCCAGUCCUCUCCAGUGUGGCAAGUAAACUGUCGUGAGUGAUGAGCGGAAAGUUGGCAGCCUGCUGUUUUCUUGUUGCAUUUACCUUUAAGAGACACAAACACAUAACUAACUAACAAAGAAGUGGAAGGAAGAAGAUUAUUUUCCACAAUGUACAAAGUCUGUUAGACGGUCAGUGCUGCUCUGAGGGUCUGAAACUGACCAUGAGGAGGUUCAAGAGGUGGAUCUUUGGUCUUAAGAAAUCAAGAAAAACUAACCUAACCUGUGUGUCCACAAACAGACAGGCUGUACGUAAACAGCUGGGACCAGGAGCAGCAGACUGUUUGUCUCUAAAAUGUUUGUGUACAUUUUGGAAACAGAUGCAACAUUUUUACAUAAUACUAGUAUCAGAAUAUCUGGUUGUUAUUAGGACUGGGACGAUAUGCUUUUCUCCCGAUUCUACGAUUUUUUGGAUGCUGGUUUAAAUAUUUACCCAAAAAGUACACAUCACAUAUAAGUCAGUUUUUAAGAUUUAUUCAUUUUUAACACCAGUGAAACAGUUGGAUUAUUAUGAUUAUCUACUGAUUAUCCCAAGAACCACAUUAACCCAAAAAGUACACAUCACAUGUAAGUCAGUUUUGAAGAUUUAUUCUUAAAUUUGAAAAAAAAAAAAGAUCUGCUGUUUUGGUUUUAAGAGUGACCCCGUUCACCGGUGACAGUUCUUGUGGUUAUAACAGCGAUUUAGAUACUAAAAGAUUCCUCAAAAAUGCAUCCCAGUAGAUAAAAGUUUAAUGGAAAACCAAAGGGCAUUUUCCAUCAAAGGUCACCAAUUAUCUGGGUCACAAUUUACAGCAAAACAACAGGGGCUGCAGGCUGUUGAAGCAAAACCAGCCAUGAAAAUACUGUGAUUAUGGCUCAGACUUUGCAGAUACACUACAAUUUAUAAUUAUUAUUAUUAUUAUAUGCCACUUUUGCUGUAGACGUUUUUUGUUGUUUGCGUGGAUGCAUGUUAUCUAAUUUGUGAAUUAAUUUCUUGUAACAAGGGUAGACAGUAUAACUUCACUUCUGUCUGCCCCCUUUCAUUUAAGAGUUACAGUAUUGUCUUUUUCUGUGAGUUUUAUUUUGGUUUUUAUGCUCGAUAAAUGAAAUAAAUAAAUAAACUAACUCAACUCAAUCAAACACUCUUUAAAGGUAUUUUUUAGACUCUUUUAUUAUGAGUCAGGUCUCAUACUUGGUGGACUUUUCUUUGGCACCUAAACCUCAGACAUUUCUUAAUCUUGUCAUUUGACCAUCUGUACAUGUACACAGACAAACACUAAAGAUUUCACAUGUCAGUAGCAGAGUCUUGAUUGGAUGUGGAGUGACGUUUGUGAGUGAAACUGAUGAUUGUUGAUGGAUGGAUGACUUGAAGCGCUGAUGUUCGCACACGUUUGAUUGGCCUGUGUUUUGACGCUUCAUUAUGCUCAUGUGUCCCUGUUUUUCCAUGUCAGUGGUUCCGGUCAGACAGUCGUUCAGGCCUGACGUCAACACCCAGCCUCGUAUUUAGACAUCUCGCUGCUCCUGCCGUUAACCCCUAAGGGUUCUGGGAUAUGUCUGCCUCUUUCUCUGCCCUUUAAAGGUUGCGUUCAUUGUAAGCAAGGAGUGAAAAAACAGAAACAGGCGCAUUCUUCAGUGAACUCCAGGCUUGUGUGAUGGGAAUCAGCCUGUUUUUACUUGGAGAUUUUGUUUGCGUCUUUUCACGUUCGUCUCCCUGAAGUGUGUGUUUAUUAGAGCGCAGAGGAGUGUUAUGGAGAGGAUCGCUGGUUUAGGUUUGGGCAUCAUCAGAGUCAGAGCGCUGUCAGCUGCGGUGUGUGUUUGUAUGUCACUCACACACACAGAAAGUGCAUUCAUACAGUUUUAUGUUUUUUCACAUAUUUCUUUUAUGUCAUUUUCCCGAUAGGACAGAGAGCUGCGGCCAGAAGAGAUGGACGGUAAGUUUCUCUUUCUUUGACACUCUGUUUUUCCUAACUGGACUCCAUGUACUUCACUUCUGCUAACUAAUAAAUGUCAGACAACUCGACGAUUCAGGAACUAUAAGACUUCUGUUAUUUCUCAACAGAGUUGCGAGAUGCUUUUAAGGAGUUUGACAAGGACAAGGAUGGUUUCAUAAGCUGCAAAGACCUCGGGAACUGUAUGAGAACGAUGGGAUACAUGCCCACAGAGAUGGAGCUGAUCGAGCUGAGUCAACAGAUCAACAUGAACUGUGAGGACGUCACUGGUUUAUGCCUUUAAAUUCCAUGAAUACUGUAGGUGUAUCAUUCAUGUGUGUUGUGUUUGGAUUCCUCUCUUCUCUCAGUGGGAGGUCAUGUUGAUUUUGAAGACUUUGUGGAGUUGAUGGGCCCAAAACUCCUCGCUGAAACCGCAGAUAUGAUCGGAAUAAAAGAGUUAAAAGAUGCGUUUAGAGAGGUGAGGGUCUGUUAAGUUUUAAAAACGUUUAUUCUUUAGGUGUGUCCAUGUCUAUAAAUUAAUGCUUUCUCUCUUUUUUUCUCAGUUUGACACGAAUGGAGAUGGCGCCAUAAGCACGUCUGAGCUCAGAGAUGCGAUGAGGAAGCUGCUGGGCCAACAGGUGGGCUUUAGAUCAGAGCUCACCGACAGUUUGAUUUAGUUUGAAGCUGCUAAUCUGUAAAGGAGUGUUAAAAUUAUUACACCUACGACAAAUAUCUUAAAUUUAUACAAUUUACAACCUUGAAUACAGUUUCAAUAUCUCAACUUUUUGUGCCCAGGUUGGUCUUAAAGAGGUAGAAGAUAUCAUAAGGGAUGUUGACUUGAACGGUGACGGGCUUGUCGACUUUGAAGGUAACCUACUUUUAACAAACUACCUAUCCUUCUCAGAUGUGUUAUUGCACCGUCUCACUCUCCUCUCCUCUCUCUCUUUUUCUGCAGAGUUUGUUCGAAUGAUGUCUCGCUAAGAUCAUCAGAUGAUCUGUCCUGAAUGUGAAGCUGUGUCCUUCUCGUUACUUGACUCGAGUACAUCAGAAGACACGCUUUUUUAUCUCUGAGCCACCCAACUCUGAAUGACACUGGAAUUUAAACUCCAUGAAUGUUAAGGAGCGAGGAGUCACCUCACACUUUCAAUCAAUAAGUGUUCUUCCUGAAAAAGUCUCCAGUUCAACUGAGGCAGAAUUUGCUGUAGCCUAGCUGAUGAUUGUCCAAUUUUUCAUUUUUGCACUUUAAUUCUCACUAAAUAACUUCCUGUGUGGAUAGAUCGCUGGCGUCUUGUCUCGUCCUCUUAAAGUGUCUCACAAAAAUGUCCCUUUUAAUGUGCAUCAGUGUUAGAACGACAGAGCGGUUUUCUGUAGGAAAGAUGUCAAAGAUGGGUGUGUUGUCAAACAUUUCACUAUGUGUUAUUAUUUAGAAACUGUGGAUUGUCCUUCGUGUGACAUUGGUGCUCCUACCAGGGACCCAUGUGGCAAUAUAACACCUGUAUUGUAACUGUGUGACCAUCUGUGAUUCUUCACUGUGCCAGUCCAGUCUCUAAAAGAAUCACUGCAACCCUGGAGCAGAUCUCUGUCAUUAAUGAGGAACAGAGCGGUGUAAAAUUCUACGGUGGCCCAGAACCGCCACUGCUGCAAAUAAUAAGAAUGUGUAAAAAGGAGACCACAACGGAAGUAACCGAUGCAACAAAAAAGAAACGGUGCAGAUUUUAAAAAGCCACAACGGAAGUUAAUGACACAAAAAAAGUGGUGAUGCAAAAAAAAAAAGUUAGUUACUGCAAAAAUAAAAAGAUGCAAAUUAAAAAAGCUUAGGCUCUAUGAGGCCUAUCCAAAUGACAUUGAAAAACACAUGAAGCAAAAUUAAACAAUAACCUUUCCUUUUUUCGCCGCCGUCUUCUGUGCUUGGAUCAUAAAAAAAAUAGUGCAUCGUUAUUAUUAGUCCCUGGCAGCUAACUUCCGUUGUGGCUAUUUUUGUUUGCAUCCAUUUAUUUUCAGAGUAAGUAAUUUAAUUUUCCAUCACCACUUUAUUUCUUGUCGUUAACUACCGUUGUGGAUUUUUUAAUUUGCAUCCUUUCAUUUUCGCAGUAACUUUUUCUUUUUUUUGCAUUACCACUUUUUUUGUGACGUUAAAUUCCAUUGUUGUUUUUUUUAAAAUUUGCAUCCUUUUAUUUUCGCUGUAAGUAACUUUUUUUUCUUUCCAUUGCCACUUUUUUUUGCAACGUGAACUUUUAUUGUGGCUUUUUUAAUUUGCAUCCUUUUAUUUUCACAAUAAGUAACUUUUUUUCCAUCGCCACUUUUUUUUUUUUUUUGCGUCAUUAACUUAUGUUGUGGUUGUUUUUUUUUUUUUCCUGCACCGUUUCUUUUUUUUCCAGCAAGCUUCAUUUCCUUUUUUUUUGCAUCCGUCACAUCCGUUGUGACUUCUUUUGCCUUCUUUUGUUAUUUGCAGCAGUGGCAGUUCUCGGCCACCAUAAAUACAACUCACACAUGUUAUCCACUGAUGUCUGAUAUCAGGGUGAGUUAAAACAAGGUUAAAUUUGAGAACUAAUGUGCUGACUGAUAAAAGCCGCUUGCCCUGUGUGAGAUAUUCCUGCAGAAAUAACAUGUUUGAUUUGUAUUUGCAGUACCUGUGAUUAUGUUGUAUCUGUACUGUAUGUCAAUGUCAAUAUGAUUGUAGUUGUGGUAUCAUUCCACACAUCUGUGUUGUCGAAGCAAUUUUUAUGCAUGCCAAAGAGAGAAAUUUAUUGAAUUCAGUAUGCACAUUUGCAUUUUUUUGUCUUACAGAGUAAACAAAAUAAUUUGCCAAGUUAACUGUAGAACAAUAAAAGGUGUUUACAUUUGA